CGGUGUUUCUUGGUUUUGAGAAAGAAAAGAGAGUUUCGAGUUAAUAAGCGUUCUUUCUUUGUUGAUGUGUCAGUCGGAUAUGGCACAUCUCUGGAUCCAAUAAGAGAAUUUCACAGCGUCAGACGCAUCUGCGGCUGGAGGGGGAGACCAGUGGAGGAACUCGGAAACUUGUUUGGUGCAGGAGACGGUCUCUUUUUUUACGAAUAUAGGCGCUGCUGUCAGACAGACAGAGCCAUGGUGAACUCCUUCAUACUGAUGCUCAGCUGGACUGUGAUCUCUGAGGUGGUGAGGGCUCAGAAUGACACGGAGCCUAUUGUCCUGGAGGGCAAAUGUCUGGUGGUUUGCGACUCUAACCCGGCCACGGACUGGAAAGCUUCGUCCUCUCCUCUCGGCAUCUCUGUGCGCGCCGCCAACUCCAAGGUGGCUUUCUCUGCAGUCCGGAGCAAUAACCAUGAACCGUCGGAGAUGAGCAACAAAACAAGAAUAAUCUACUUCGACCAGGUUCUUGUGAAUAUAGGAAACUACUUCACUUUUGAAUCAGUAUUUUUGUCCCCAAGAAAAGGAAUCUACAGUUUUAACUUCCAUGUCAUUAAAGUGUACCAGAGCCAAACCAUACAGGUGAACUUAAUGUUGAAUGGAAAACCAGUCAUCUCGGCCUUUGCAGGUGAUAAAGAUGUAACUCGUGAGGCGGCCACCAAUGGAGUUCUGCUGUAUCUAGAAAAAGAAGACAAAGUCUACCUAAAGCUGGAGAAAGGAAACUUAGUUGGUGGAUGGCAAUAUUCAACAUUUUCCGGCUUUCUUGUGUUCCCGCUGUAAAAAGAAAAAAAAAAAAGAAAAAAAGGGGGAAAAAAAAGAAAAAGAAAAGAUUGUAAGCUCACUGAC